CCUCUUUGGCUCAUAGCAUCAGAUCUUCUACUUAAACACCAAAUCUGCAAUUCUUCACAAUCACUCAACCUUUAUCAUAACCAUGGCAAAUGCUAAGUUGGUUUGCGUUUUUAUGUUUUGCAUGGUCAUCGCCCCAAUGGUUACCGAAGCCCAAACGUGCAAUCAGAUAAUCAAUUCUUUUGGUAGUUGCUUUAGCUACAUAACGAGACAAGGAUUCCCCUACCCCUCAUUCGACUGUUGCUUAGCAAUGAGAUCCAUCAGCAACUGUAAUCACAAAGCUGCAUGCAACUGCUUAAAAGGCUUUAUCGUUUCAUUUCGUGGAAUCGACUUCAACCUGGCUGAGUCGCUCCCUCGAUUAUGCGGAGUUAACCUCCCUUACAAAAUCAGCCCCUCCGCCAGUUGCGACAUCCUCAGUGAAGAGAAAAUGUUUAACAGUUUAUUGGCGCUGCGAGAAGAGUAAAAGGGAGUUCUUCAUCUUUUAAUGAAUGCUGAAAAGAUCUCCUAUGUUGCGCCACGUUAUUCGUUCAAUAAACCAAUAACGACUCUUCUUCCUCUUGUUGCUGCUGCUUUUGAUGUCGAUUUCGCUUUUUGUUACUUGAUUGUCGUUUUUAAUGUUUUUUUUGUUGCUUUGGUGAUUGUCGUUUCUGCUUUUUAUUGUUGGAUUCAUAUCAUCCUGCUACAAAGGGAAUAGAAACAAUUUGUGUUUAGUUGCUUUUA